AAUGUGCAAAGAAAGUCGAGACCGAAGUAAAAUAAAAAAAUUGCCAGUUAUUACAAAUUCAACUAUUGAAUUGGUUAAACAACCCAAAAGCCCUGAUCAUGAUAAUAUUCAGAAAAUGGAUACUGGUAACACUGAAUAUAUUAAGGUUGAUUGUCUUGACGUAACCAAUCUAAUUGAACAUGAACUCAAAAAUCUUACAGCUAAUGCAGUUUAUCAAACUCGUUUGUUAGUGAACGUGGAUCUAAUUCCAGAUAUGAUGACAAAGGAAGUUGCUGCUCUUGUAGUUGCUAAAAUAGAAGGUGGUAAUGAUUAUUUGUAG